AUGCGGCUUCAGAUGCAGCUCCCCCAGCGCAUGCGAGACAUUCCACUGCCUGCCGUCACAGCUGUCUCUGUGCUUGCGGCAGCGGCGGGGGUUGCAGGCACUCUGCAUCUUUCAGGGCGUCUCAGGGAAUGCCGCGUCCUCUCUUUUGUGGGGGUAGGGGCCCUUCUGGGAGCCGCUGGGGUGUAUGCGUGGGGCCUCACCGGGGAAGCCUCCCAGGCCUCACCCCGCUCCAGUGGCUCUAACAGGGCGCAGGAAGUCUUGGCUGGCGGCGGCUGUUCAGAGGAGCUCGAGACGGAGGACGGGCAAGCAUGGGCCCUGGACCCUCCUGGAGAAGCCGCGGAAGCAGCAGCAGAAACGCAAGAAAAGGACGAAGAUCUGGAGGAUUUGAAAAGUGCGGGAGAUGAAGAGAGCGGUUUAGGCCGCGCUCCAACACCUGCAGCGUACAUACAGUCCAAAGCCGCGCGGCAACGGGCCCUUGCCCGGCGCAUGCAGAGGCAGAGCAGUGAAGGUGGGGUCGUUGAACACUCUCUUUCUGAAGCGAAUCCAACGCUCUUGGGGGCCGAAACAAGAGCCAAUGAUGAGCUCUUUCUCCCGGGGCGAGCGAGGGUCUACAUGAAGACAUUUGGAUGCUCUCACAAUGUGUCAGACUCGGAAUACAUGCAGGGUUUGUUGCAUGCCGCCGGCUAUCAGUUCGUGGACAGCCUGGACGCUGCAGACAUCUGCAUCGUGAAUUCGUGCACCGUGAAGAGCCCUUCCGAGUUUGCGCUGUACUCAGUCAUUGAGGCAGCCCUCGGGAAGAAGGGCAGCGAUUAUGGCGGCUCUGAUGCUCCCGGACGGACGUCAUCUCGCGCGGCGAAGCGGCAGGGGCCUCCGUUUGCUGGACAUGGAGUGGAAGGGGGCCCCCCGAGCAACCAGGGCCUGGGAGCUUCUGAGGGGGCCUCCGUGGGCCCCGUAGGCGCUGAAGCGGUGCAGCAGGGGGCACAGUCGUUGAUGCAGCCUCAGGUUCCUGGAAGGCGUAUUCCGUGUGUAGUGGCAGGUUGCGUGCCAGGUGGUGUUGGAUCGGGGGCACGCGGCUCUCGAGCUAAAGACGGGGCCUCGUCAUGGCAAGACGCGCUGCUGUCGGAGUGCUCGGUUGUGGGAGUCUCUCGCAUCAGCCGUAUUGUGGAGGUCGUUGAGGAGACGUUGCAGGGCCGCAUUGUGCGGCUAACCGGCGGGAAGGGGCUGCCGCCCCUCGACUUGCCUAAGAUUCGGCGAAACCGACUCGUAGAAAUUGUGCCAAUCAGCACGGGGUGCCUUGGUAACUGUACGUACUGCAAGACCAAGCACGCGAGGGGGGAGCUGGGAAGCUACCCGGAGGAGGUCAUUGAGGCUCGGAUCCGCAGCGCUAUUCAGGAGGGGGUGACGCAGAUCUGGCUGACUAGCGAAGACACCGGCGCCUAUGGUCUGGAUAUAGGGAGCAGCUUGACGCAGUUGCUGAAGCGUCUGCUGAGCUUGCCCUUGAGAGAGGAGGUGAUGCUGCGUGUAGGAAUGGGGAAUCCACCCUUUCUGCUAAGCCAGCUAGCGGCUGCAACCGAACUGCUGGGGCAUCCGAAUCUCUUUGAGUUCUUGCAGCUGCCGGUACAGUCCGGCAGCAAUCGCGUCCUCAGUCGCAUGAGGAGAGACUAUACAGCGGAGCAGUUUAGGACAGUAGUCGAUGCCUGUCUUAAGGCGCACCCACGAAUGAGCAUCAUGACGGACGUGAUAUGCGGAUUUCCUGGCGAGACGGAGGAGGACCAUCAGCAGACGUUGCAGCUGCUCAAAGAAUACAAAUUUCCAGCCGUCAACAUUAGCCAGUUCUAUCCCCGACCAGGAACUCCCGCCGCCUCCAUGAAACAGCUGCCUUCCCAAAUUGUCAAGCGCCGGAGUCGGGAGGUCACACAGCUCUUCGAGUCCUAUACAUGCUAUGACUGGAUGGUUGGCACUGUCCAAAAGGUAUGGUUCUCGUCUAACUCAGACCGAAGCGAUCACACAGUGGGGCACACGAAGCAAUACGUCAAAGUCCUUGUUGGCAGAGAUGACGCGCUGUUGGGGCGCGUCUGUUUUGUACGGGUGACGAGUGCCGCCAAGUGGCAUUGCCUAGGGACUCUCUGUGAGCCUCCCACCGCGUGUGCACCCCCUUCCUCCGCUUCUCCCCCUAGUGACCUCACGUGA